AAUACAACUGUCUUGAUCUUUUUCAGACAGUUCAAAAAUGAGUCUCGGGUGUCGGAAAUCAAUCACACCAAUGCAAUAGUGCUCAUAUAUUCCGUAUUUAAGUUACAUUUAAACAUGGCUUUUACUUAAUACCAAGGAAUGCAUAGCAUAAUUUGAAACUUUAGAAAAUUAUAACAAAACAAUACGGAUAGAAAAGUGUGUUGUCUUUAACAGUGACUUGUUUUUGGUUUUGUAGAAAAAUAUUUUAGACGAAAAAUAAUUGAAUUAAAGUUCACGACACUAGUUUCUGUGAUAAAGAUAUACGUGGAUCGUGCUGUUAACCCACAUUGAUGCAUGAACAGGAGGUAGGAAGUAAUAUUGUGUGUAGUGUGGAGAAAAUGCAAAACAUCAACAGAAAUUGAAAUGAGCGUUCACAACGAGAUAUAGAGAUAGGUUAAUUGCGAUGUCGGAAGGUAGUGAAUUGGAUGACCACGCAGAUGGUGCAUCCGUUGAGCACGAGAAAACCUUUCGAAUGUCGGCUGCAUGUAAAACACUUGCGAAUGUUCGCUUCAAUGCAGCCGACAGCCUUGCAGAUUCCAAUUGUUUGAACAAAACAGUAAUGAAUCACACAAAUACAUUGACAGUCGCAACGGCUUUUUCUGAGAAUACCCAGCAAAACACAAGGCUUCCCAUGCCCAUGAGAGAGAUUUGUCUAACUCCAAGUGUGGACCCUGAUUGUGCCCCUCUCCAUGGGAACCAAGUAUUUCUGCUAUCAAACAAAGACACUGCUACGCAGGAUGCUUCCCCAUCGCCCCAUAUUUCUCCCAGCGUUAAAUACAUGACUCAGACAGAGGAAGCCUUACUUAAUAAUGUGACUGGAAACAUAACAUUAGGCACCGAUCUAACAGAGGCUGAAAAUUCAAGAGAUGUAAUUGAUACACAGUCGGUAGUUGAAAUCAGGGCAUAUAAUUGGAAAUCCGAAUUCACAGAGGCACUCGAUGAGGCGACAUAUGAUUUUCAUGGCAUUGUCUUAGAUGGUGUAAAUGAAAUGCAGGCACAAGUUUCAAAGGCAGUAAACACUGUAAAUACAAAUAAGAAAAUUGCAGUUAUUGAUAUCCAUAGAGAAAAGGAAGAUGCGUUAAAUUCGUUUAGAAAUGAGAUGGCGCUUGAAACAUCUGCAGCGUUAAAGGAAAUAGAAAUGAAGAAAAUGCAUGGUAUGACAGAACUGGCGGUUAAGGAUGAAAAAAGUGUAUAUGCGCGACUCACAGAGUUUACACUAGAACCAACGAAUUCCAUAACAGAUAUGAGAGAUGUUCUUAUUUUACACUCAGAUGCAGAUCGGGAUCUGGCUAAUGAAAUCAUGAAUACUAUAGUCAACGAAUGUGUCUUUAAAAUAUUUAUUGACGUUUAUGCCAAUUUUGCGACUGGAAAAUCUAAGAUGGAUAUUAUUGACAAUAUAAUGAUAACAUAUCGAUGGGUGCUGUUUUUAGUAACCCCUGAUUAUAAGCUGAACGGAUUCCAUAACUUUCAAGGUGGCGCUGUUUUGAUAAAAGAGCUGGAAGAAAAUGGUAAUCCCCAUGGUCGGUUCGUGCCGUUGAUAACCGGCGGGAUAAAACGAAAGGACAUUAUACCGGCUUGGUUGAAAUCACUUCAACCUAUAUAUUUUCCAGAUGAGAAAUUCAUUGAAACGAUUGUUAAGCUUGUCAAACAGUUCCGUAAGUGUAAAAUUACCGGUAAAUCGGUAUUAUACACAUGAGAUGUGUGUUUAACGCAUGAUAUGAUUUUCGAACUGCACACCUUUUUUAAAAUAUCGUUUUUGGCCCUUUGGUUAUGAUCAAGCACCAAUUUAGUAAUCAUUAAUCAUGAUUGAAUUACAUUCCACCGUUUUUCAGCUUUUAGUUAUUGGUUUAAGUCAGAAAAAGGGGUUAUUGUUAACCCUGGGAUAGAUUAUCUUACAUGCACAAUAUGAUUUCUUGAUCAUAUGAUUGCUUCUUAAUCCACGCCAUAACAUGGAAAUAAGUAUACGCCCUCAUUUUACCCCGAAGGGGUAAUGUUAACGUCCGUUUGUGGGUAGG